AACAGUCCUGUUGGACAGCGCGCCCAUUGUGUUUGCACCCGUAGCAGCCCUGCCUUGCUGCUCUGGUUGCACUGCCUUGGAGUGACAGAGCUACCGCCUGUCACAAGCGUGAGUACAAGACAGAAGGAAAAAGUGCUUAUGUAAUUCUUGUUAGAAAACAUUACAUCUACCUUAAUCUAAAGUGAAUACUCUUAAACCCUAUUCUAAAAUCUAAACUAAGUGCUAGCCCGAACAGUGCCUAAAACUACUGUGCAAACAUCCCAUAGAGUGUCCGUAACCUACAUUCGCCCUAUCUUAAAACGACACCGGUAAGAUAACAUAGAACAAGUAAGAAACACCGAAACCAUAAAACCGCAUUCUUACAGCUACUAGAAACAAUUCAUAUUCCAAAUUCCAUACACCCGCCGGACCUACACAAGGGAAAAUAAACGUAAGUGGUAUUAAUCGAAACUUAAACGAACCGAGCUAAAAUAUGUACAAUUAUACUACUUAUGCUAAGAUUAUGCUACUAACUGAUUUGCAAACACUAUUUAUAAUCGUAAAUUUAUAAUUGUACCCCGUUUCUUAGGAAUUUGUUAAUCUCCCAAAUAAAGAGCCGUGAAUUACAGAUUGCUCUGGAGGUUAACUAUACGGAAGAAUCCCCCUUUCAGUCUGUGUGACCGUUUGUCGAAACGAACUUCGACAAUUUAACAAAUUCGUUUACGCGAACAAUGUCGGGUCGUAAAAGUGGAAAAGAUGGAAAAAGUGGUUCUAAAGGUGCGCGAUCGAAGGAAAAGCAAUCGGAGGCGAUCGAUAUUAGUGGUGGUGAUAAUGUCGUGGUGGUGGUCACGGAAGAAGAACAGGAUCCAAAGGACGUUUUUCGGAAGGAUCGCGAUAUAGAACAAAACUGUACGUUCUGCCAGGAGAGAGAUAGUGACGAAAUGGUUCAGUGCGACAAGUGUGACAGGUGGAUCCAUUUUGCGUGCGUUGGUGUUACGGAAGAAAUUGCGGAUAAGAGCUGGAGUUGUCCCAAAUGUGUGACUACAACCGGGUUCCAGCAACCAUCGUCUUCAGCCGUAAACCGUGGUCGGGCAGGAUCGUCGGGUCACCCAGGUCAACUCGGAGCUGGCAAGAGCGUACGGUGCAAUACGUUAUCGGAACCAGCAGGCAGGACGUUUCCAACAGGAGCCGCAAACUGCGAUAAAACAGUCAAGUCGGUAUCAUCAUCGUCCUCCCGCAGAUCCAUUCUCCAACUGCAGCUUCAACGGCUCGAGGAAGAACGUGAAUACGAAAAGAUUCAGGCAGAGAAGCACCGAGCCUACAUGGACAGAAAAUACGAACUUCUGGAGCAGAUGCAAAGCCAAACCGGAUCCGAGUGUAGCAGAUCACAAGACCGAGUUAGACAGUGGGUUCGAGAUACGAACAAUGCUCCAGCCGAAAACGCGCUAGAUCCCAGGGCUACCGAAUUCUUCGAUCCACAGAGGCAUUCAACUCAGAACUACUCCGGACAAGCUCAAGUGGGAUCCAUUCCGCCGACGAAUCAAUUUCGACACAGCCAGGACAGAAACGAGGGGCCAUACGUGCGCUGCGGUCCCCGCCGUGAACAACCUUUCCGACCGAUGUCGACAAGCAGGAGCCUUGUAGAAGCCUUCGAACAACUCAGUCAUCAGCAAAGAAGAACAGACCUCCAUUCAGGACGCCUGGAGGAAGACUUCGAGCCGUGUUCAUUUUCCCGGCAGCAACUGGCAGCUCGACAAGGAAUCUCCAAAGAUUUGCCCAAGUUCUCUGGGAAGUUCGAGGAGUGGCCGGUCUUUAUGUCAAUGUUCAACAGCACGACGAACAUGUGCGGUUUUACAAAUGAAGAAAAUCUGAUCCGGCUCCAGAAGUCCUUGGAAGGAAAGGCGUACGAAACGGCGCAGAGUUUACUGAUGCACCCAUCGAAUGUCCCGGCGAUCAUGCGAACUUUGAAAAUGAGAUUUGGUCAACCUGAAGCCGUUGUUCACUCUCUUAUUCAAAAGGUGAAUGCUCUACCGCCAAUUCAGGAGGAUCGACUAGAGACGUUAGUGGAAUUCGCAGUAAGCGUGCAGAAUUUCUGUGCCACGGUAGACGCGUACGAGCUCGAGGACUACAUGUAUAAUGUCUCCCUUCUACAUCAGCUCGUAAACAAGCUUCCGGCGACGCUAAAGUUAGAUUGGGCCAGACAUCGACAGAACCUUCAGCGGGUCAACUUGGCGACCUUUGGGAACUGGGCGUAUUCAUUGGCCGAAGCCGCCAGCACCGUCGUGAUCCCAAUCGAUUCAAAUGAGUCAAGACAAUCACGUAAUGACGGACGUGGGAAUAAGAAGUCCAACGCGUACGUUAACGCUCAUUCGGAUACGAACUUGGAAACCUGCGGUCGUUUUAUAUCCGUAGAAUCCGAUGCAGAUCCUAGACAAGGCAGCUAUGCAUCAGUCUCAAAACCGUUGACUUACGUAACCGAUGGCUGCGUGGUGUGCAAAGGAGGAUGCAAAAGUACCUCCACGUGCAAGCAGUUUCUGGAGCUAUCUCGCGAAUCCAGAUGGGCUAUUGUAAGGGAAUUCAAACUCUGUCGAAGUUGUCUGCGACGACACAAAGGAGGAUGCGACGCUAAAUCAUGUGGGCGUAAUGGAUGCACUUACAAGCACCACGAACUGCUCCAUAAUGAUCAGAAUGCCAAGCUAUCUUCAAAUCAGGUCACGCAGAUUCCGCCUACGUCACAAGUUGAAGCUCCUAGACAACAAGAAGCUGUACCGGUACCAACACACGAUUGUAACACCCACCAAACAAAAUCUAGUGCAGUGCUAUUCCGCUACUUACCCGUAAUACUCAAUGGACCUCAAGGCUCAAUCCACACAUAUGCGUUCCUGGACGAAGGCUCUCACCUUAGCUUGAUAGAUCAAGAACUAGCAGACCAACUCAAUCUAAAAGGCGCUAAUACACCACUAUUCCUUCGUUGGACAGGAGGAACACAGCGUUGCGAAAAAGAUUCGAAAUCUGUUACCCUUCAUAUUUCUGGAACCGACAAGAUGGCUAAGAAUUUUCAACUAUCUGGAGUGAGAACAGUGGAAGAGCUCAUGCUGCCGGAGCAAACACUGAACGUGGAGCAGCUAAAAUAUCAGUAUCCUCAUCUUAAAGGACUUCCCAUCGAUUCCUACUACGACGCUCGACCCAGAAUUCUCAUCGGUAUGAAACACGUACAGGUUAGCCUUGUGUUGAAGAGCAGAGAAGGAAGCUUCGGCGACCCGGUAGCAGUGAAAACGCGGCUGGGCUGGGCAGUAUGUGGUGGAGGAAACGCGGAAGGAAACGAAUCAGGCAAUCUGGUCCACUAUACCUUUCACGUGUGUUCAUGUGAGCGAAUUAGAGACGACGAGCUACACCAGGCUGUAAAACAACAUUUCGCUCUUGAUAGUCUCGGCAUCAUGAAACCAGGAAAGCUUCUGCUCUCCGCUGAAGACCAGCGGGCUCAAGCUCUUAUGAAGCAACUUACUACCUACGAUGGGGAGCGAUAUACGGCUGGAUUGUUGUGGCGCCACGAUAACAUUCGUCUGCCAGACAACUAUGCUAUGGCAUUGCGAAGACACCAAUGCUUACAGAAGCGCUUGGCCAAGGACCCGGAACUAGCUGGCACGUUACACAGGAUCAUAACCGAAUACGUUUCUAAGGGAUAUAUCCGGCAGCUCUCGGAAAACGAACUAAGCCGGCGGUUUCCCAGAGUAUGGUACCUUCCGAUAUUUCCGGUUGUAAACCCCAACAAGCCGGGAAAGGUGAGGAUAAUUUGGGACUGCGCAGCAUGCUCCUUUGGCAUUUCACUGAACUCUGCCCUGCUGAAGGGCCCCGAUCAGCUAUGUUCAUUGUUGACGAUCUUGCUACAGUUUCGAGAAAAAAGAGUGGGCCUUACCGGGGACAUAAGAGAAAUGUUCCACCAGGUGCGUAUUCACGACGAGGAUCAACAGUGCCAACGUUUCCUGUGGCGGAAUGAGAAGGGAGAGACUUUGAUCUACGUAAUGCAGGUCAUGACCUUUGGGGCUUGCUGCUCGCCUAGCUGCGCACAGUAUGUGAAGAACAGCAAUGCAGAACGUUACGCAGCGAAGUUUCCGAAAGCAGUAGAAGUUAUCCAAAAAAAGCACUACGUAGACGACAUGCUCACCAGCCUGGAAUCCGAAGAAGAAGCCGUGCGAAUAGCGAAAGAGGUGAAAUUCAUCCAUCAAAAAGGCGGGUUCGAAAUUCGAAAUUGGAUUAGCAAUUCGCCAACCGUGCUUAGGGCCUUAAACGAGAAAGGGAUGGACGAGAAAGACUUGGAUUUGUCGCCAGAAAUAGGCACCGAAAAAGUCCUGGGUAUGUGGUGGUGUACUGCAACAGACACGUUCACGUACAAGGUUGGAUGGAAGCGCUACGACAGUGCUCUUCUAAAGGGCCAGAGACACCCUACAAAGCGAGAGGUUCUGCGAGUGUUGAUGUCUAUAUUCGACCCUCUCGGCCUAAUAACCCACUUCCUAAUGUUCCUGAAGAUGUUGUUACAGGAGGUGUGGCGUUCUGGCGUGCAAUGGGACGAGGAGAUUACCGAAGAUGCAUUUGCAAAGUGGCAGCAGUGGCUGGAAGUUUUGCCGCAGGUAGAACAAGUUCAAGUUCCCAGGUGCUAUACACUACUAUCGCACAACUCCGAAGGGGAAGCAGAACUCCAUACCUUUGCCGAUGCCAGCGAAUGCGGCAUGUCCGCUGUAGCAUUUCUAAGGUUCGUCAGAAACGGCAGCAUUGAGUGCAGAAUCGUAGCUGCAAAGACAAGAGUUGCACCAUUGAAGUUCGUAUCCAUCCCUCGCUUGGAGCUACAGGCUGCAGUCGUAGGCUCUAGGCUAGCGUGUACGAUCGAGGACUCCCUGUCAAUAGCGAUAUGCAGAAAAUAUUAUUGGACUGACUCUCGCGAUGCGCUUUGCUGGUUAAACUCCGACCAUCGUCGCUACACACAGUACGUUGCGUUCCGUGUCAGCGAAAUACUAGAGACUACCGAAGCAAAUGAGUGGCGCUGGGUGCCAUCUAAGAUGAACGUUGCGGACGACGGGACGAAAUGGAGUUCUAAACCGGACCUCACGCCUGACAGCAGAUGGUUUAAAGGCCCGGAAUUCCUGUGGCAAAGCGAGACGUACUGGCCAAAGCAGCCUAUGAAAAACAGUUCUACAGCAGAAGAACUCCGCCCUAGCUUAAUUGCGAGUCACAUCCCCUGCGAACCCGCUAUAAACCCAAGCAAGUUCUCUAGCUGGAAGCGUAUGCUUAACGUUACUGCUCUCGUCCUCAGAUUUCCUGCAAACUGUAGCCGAAAACUGGGUAGAACACCGACUACCACUGGAUCGCCGACAGCGGUGGAACUAAAUUCUGCAGAAGCAUAUCUGUUACGAUCAGCUCAACGCGAUAGCUAUCCAGAAGAAAUGGCGCAUUUGGAAAAGUCACGACAGAAUUCCAAUAUUUCGAAAACGGUAUCGAAGCAGAGCAGUCUGUUCCAGUUAACCCCGUGGCUAGAUGGCCGUGGACUCAUGCGAAUGCGAACGAGAAUUGCAGCCUGCCACUACGCAACAGAAGACGCCAAGAACCCGAUAAUCCUACCUCGUGACCACCCCACCACUAACUUGAUUAUCUCGCACUACCAUCGACAAUUCCACCAUCAGAAUCAUGAAGCAGUAGUAAAUGAACUCCGACAGAGAUUCAAAAUUCCACGUAUCCGUGCUGCUUACGCCAAGAUGAAAAAGAACUGCCAAAGAUGCAAAAAUGACCAUGUCAGUCCACGUCCACCAAUAAUGGCUGACCUUCCACCGGCGCGGCUUGCGGCGUACUCUCCACCCUUCACACAUACAGGUAUUGACUUUUUUGGGCCAUACGAAGUGGCAGUAGGAAGGCGUGUCGAAAAACGAUGGGGAAUGCUAGCAACCUGUCUAACGAUUCGAGCUAUCCACAUUGAAGUUGUACACUCGCUAACCACCGACUCGUGUAUAAUGGCGAUACGCAAUUUCAUCUCACGUCGUGGUACGCCCAGCGUUAUCUACAGCGAUAGAGGAACCAACUUUAUCGGAGCGUCUCGUCGGAUGAAGGAGGCAGCGGCUGCAGUGAACGUGGACGAAGUCGUGAAGGAGUUCAUCACUGUAGACACAACUUGGUCCUUUAACCCACCCCUCGCACCACACAUGGGAGGUAGUUGGGAGAGACUAAUAGGCAGCGUAAAACGGAACCUUCAAACAAUCAAUCCUCCUCGAAAUCCAACCGAUGAAGUGCUACGAAAUCUCAUGAUCGAAAUAGAGAACAUCAUUAACUCCAGACCACUAACUCACGUCCCAGUUGAUGACGACUGUGCUCCUGCGUUAACACCGAACCAUUUUCUCCUUGGUUCCUCAAACGGGAUAAAGCCAUUUUGCACUCUUGACGAUACCAGUGCUGCUCUCCGCCAAAACAUACUAGCUUCGCAGAUACUGGCGAACAGGUUCUGGAAGCGCUGGCUUAGUGAUUACCUGCCGGAAAUCACCAAGCGAUCCAAGUGGUUCAACCAAACCGAUCCAGUAACCGUAGGUGACCUGGUUGUGAUAGCCGAUCCAAAGCUACCCCGUAACUGCUGGCCAAAGGGAAAAGUCAUCGAGGUUCACCCAGGCAGAGAUAGGGAGGUUCGCUCGGCCACUGUACGAACAUCUGCAGGAGUAUAUGUUCGGGCGGUCACCAAACUGGCUGUUCUGGACGUAAGGCGCGAAGGAAGUAAGCCAGCAGAAAGACUGGCAUACUCGGGGGGAGUGUGAACAGUCCUGUUGGACAGCGCGCCCAUUGUGUUUGCACCCGUAGCAGCCCUGCCUUGCUGCUCUGGUUGCACUGCCUUGGAGUGACAGAGCUACCGCCUGUCACAAGCGUGAGUACAAGACAGAAGGAAAAAGUGCUUAUGUAAUUCUUGUUAGAAAACAUUACAUCUACCUUAAUCUAAAGUGAAUACUCUUAAACCCUAUUCUAAAAUCUAAACUAAGUGCUAGCCCGAACAGGUACAUGAAUUUGCCUUAUACAUACAUGCAUUAUACUAAUGAAUUUCUUAGUGCCUAAAACUACUGUGCAAACAUCCCAUAGAGUGUCCGUAACCUACAUUCGCCCUAUCUUAAAACGACACCGGUAAGAUAACAUAGAACAAGUAAGAAACACCGAAACCAUAAAACCGCAUUCUUACAGCUACUAGAAACAAUUCAUAUUCCAAAUUCCAUACACCCGCCGGACCUACACAAGGGAAAAUAAACGUAAGUGGUAUUAAUCGAAACUUAAACGAACCGAGCUAAAAUAUGUACAAUUAUACUACUUAUGCUAAGAUUAUGCUACUAACUGAUUUGCAAACACUAUUUAUAAUCGUAAACUUAUAAUUGUACCCCGUUUCUUAGGAAUUUGUUAAUCUCCCAAAUAAAGAGCCGUGAAUUACAGAUUGCUCUGGAGGUUAACUAUACGGAAGAAUCCCCCUUUCAGUCUGUGUGACCGUUUGUCGAAACGAACUU